AUGACGUCGACUACCCCGAGGACCGCCCUCAAUAUCCCAUGGCAGCAUCUUCUUCGUGCUUCGCUGCGCGAAUGCACUUACCUCCCUGACCCCCUCGCUCGAGACUACAUGCGUGGCUAUGUUCUCGACCGCUACCGCCGCGCGUCAGAUCGGCCCGGCCGACCAGAUUCCCAAAAGAUUCGAUCAGCCCGCCAUGGACUGUCACUACUGCGAAGGGCGAACGAGGGAUACCAGUUUCCUCUCGAAAAAGUGCUGUUGCUUUCAUAUGGUCGGGUGGGAAAACGGAGACAUGAAUUGCUGGCCGAUUUCUUGAAACCUCCGACGCCAAAGGAUACCGAGGCUGUCAAGGCGCUUGUCGCGCAGCCCGCCGAGUUUGAGGAUGGCUGGGAGGCUCCAGCGAAAGUGAUGUCUCUCGCCAAAUCCCAGCUUCAUAAUGGAAUUAUUAUGACGUCUCGUCUGAGACCGCGUGUGCUGAAGCUUCAGCCCCAGGUACCAGAGCUAAACGCAUGGUUCAAACCCCUCCCUGCAGUACGUCGGAGGAACAUCCGCAAAAAAUGGUAUCAAUAUACACUGAGCUGCCUGUGGCCACCACUUCCAGAACAGGAUUUGGCUACUCUAGAUGGAUUGAUAUCGGGAGAAAUUCCCUGGAAACCGGUUAAGCGGAGGCAGGUAACCUCUACAACAUCCACCGCUGCCAGCACUGAUCACCAGCUAUCGGAUUUCCUGGUAGAUGGACCGCAAAAGGGUACGACGUUCCGCCAGUUUGUGAAUGGUCGGCCACACAAUAUCACUGCCAGAUUCAUGCAUCGCCAAUGGAGGCGUCUGUCUGCUUUAGUGCCUCGCCAGGAAUGGAACCCGCGAUCAGGAAAAUGGCUUUUCACAUGGGAUAGUGCCAAGCCUAAGCCGAAGGUGACUCUGCAUGUCGAUCCGGAUGUAGACGUGGCCGAUGUCUUUGGGGAUCAGACACCGCAGCCGAGGCGCAGGAUCAAGCUGACGAACGGAUAA